AUGAAGCACUUUUGGCUUACUUCUGUACUGACAUUGGUCCGGACAUGCACGGCUGCUUCGUGUUGGAGAGAUACAGUCUGCGAUGGCCAUUCCGGUCCUGCAUUUCCCGGCACUUGGGACUCGUACAUUUAUGCACCAUCAAGUCGGAACGUCGGCCCAAAGUACGUUCUUUCCGCGGACACCACGUCAUCCACAGCAUACAACGGAACCGUCUCGCUGUACGGAAAUGAAUCACAAGUAGUGUUGGACUUUGGUAUCGAAGUUGGCGGCAUUACUUCACUCAACUAUACCGUCAGCGGCACGGGACAGCUCGGCCUAGCCUGGAGCGAAGCAAAGAACUACAUCGGACAACAGUCGGAUUACUCUAAUGGCCGCGCUGCGCCGGACGGAUAUUUGGCUGUUAAUCUCACGGAAAGUGGUGCUGGCUCCUAUGAGGUGCCCUUGGUCAAGCUCCGGGGAGGAUUCCGGUACCUCACACUAUUCCUUUUAACCGAGGAUGAUGCGAGUAUUGAAAUCUCCAACGUGUCAUUGGAGAUCAGCUUUCAACCGACGUGGUCUAAUCUGCAGGCAUACCAGGGGUACUUCUACUCGAGUGACGAGACUCUGAACAAGAUCUGGUACAGCGGAGCGUACACGAUCCAGACCAAUAGCGUGCCUGUCGACACUGGAAGGCGUGUGCCCUUUGUCACCUCGGGUUGGGCAAAUGACGGUAUCCUGGGCAAUGGAAGCACCAUUAUUGUGGACGGGGCAAAGCGUGACAGAGCCGUCUGGCCGGGCGACAUGGGAAUCGCUGUUCCCUCAGCCUUUUACUCAAUCGGCGAGUUGGACAGCGUCAAGAAUGCGUUGCAGGUCAUGUAUGACCAUCAGAACGCCGAUGGAUCGCUGCCGGAAGCAGGCCCUCCUUUACUGCAGCAGGGCAGCGACACCUACCACAUGUGGACAAUGAUUGGAACAUGGACAUAUGUGCUCUAUACCAACGACACGACUUUCUUGACUCAGAAUUGGGACAGGUAUACCGCCGCCAUGGAUAAUGUCUACGGCAAGGUUUUGAGUUCGGGCCUUCUCAAUGUAACAGGCGUUAGAGACUGGGCGCGCUGGCAACAAGGGUUUAACAACAGCGAAGCCAACAUGCUGCUCUACCGGACACUCGUCACUGGCUCUGAGCUUGCCAGUUUAGUUGACGAUUCGGAGCUCAGCAGUACCUACGCCAGCCGUGCAGCUGAUCUACAAACCGCCAUCAACCAGUAUCUCUGGGUGUCCGAUGCAGGUGCGUUCAAGGACAACGCUACAGAGACGACGCUUCUUCCGCAAGACGCCAACUCCCUCGCCGUCCUAUUCAACGUGACCACAGCGGCGCAGGACCAGAAUAUUUCGUCACAGCUGACGGGCAACUGGAACGACAUUGGUGCCGUCUCGCCAGAGCUGCCUGGAACCAUAUCACCCUUCAUCUCGUCCUUUGAGAUCCAGGCGCACUUUCUGGCCGGCCAAGCCGGACGCGCUCUCGAUCUCAUCCGCCGUAGCUGGGGCUGGUACCUGAACAAUGAAAACGGGACACAGUCGACCGUGGUCGAGGGCUACCUGGCCGAUGGCUCCUUUGCCUAUCGAUACAACCGCGGCUACAGCGACCCGUCGUACACGAGCCACGCCCACGGCUGGAGCGCCGGGCCGACGUCGGCGCUGACGAACUUUGUCGUGGGCCUCGAGGUGACGGGGCUCGCGGGCUCCGCCUGGACCCUGAUGCCGCAGCUCGGCGACCUCGACUUUGCCGAGGGCGGCUUCUCCACGUGGUUGGGCAAGUACCGGGCCUCGUGGGCCCUGGUAGAAGGUGGCUACAAUGUCACCGUCGAAACUCCAAGUGGCACGUCGGGCUUGGUGCUGCUGCCUCUGCUCAACACUUCUUCUACCGAGGCCUCUGUUCAGUUUGACGGAGACGUAUCAACUUGGAGUGCUGGCGCUGUCGGCAAGCGUAUUGGAUACCCGAAAAGUGUAGAUGGCGGAAGUCAUACCUUUGUCGUCCAAGGUGAAUAA